ACAGAGCCACAUAUAUAGAAGAAACAGAGGAAACGAAUUUCUAAAACAAGAUUAUGGGGAGCCAAGAAGUGAAGUUGGUGAGUUUUUGGGCGAGUCCAAAUGCUAAGGGGGUCGAGUGGGCGUUGAAAAUAAAGGGUGUUGAUUUUGAGUAUGUGGAAGAAGACAUCUUCAACAAAAGCCGUCACCUUUUGGAACUGAACCCAGUUCAUAAGAUGGUUCCGGUUCUUGUCCACGCCCAUAAACCAAUUGCAGAGUCAUUCAUUAUCCUUGAAUACAUCGACGAAACAUGGAGGCAGACUCCACUUUUGCCUCACCAUCCUUAUCAAAGAGCUCUUGCUCACUUUUGGGCAAAUUUUGCUGAACAAAAGCUUAUGGAUGCAGCAUGGGUUGCAACGUGUAGCAGUGGGGAAGAACAAGAAAAGGCGCUGAAGCUAGCGAGAGAUGCAAUAGAGAAGAUAGAAGAUGAGAUUAAGGGGAAGAAAUUCUUUGGAGGAGACAAUAUUGGGUACCUUGAUCUUGCUCUUGGAUGGAUUUCUUACUGCCUUCCAAUUUGGGAAGAAGUUGGGUCAAUGCAGGUACUUGACCCAUUAAGAUGCCCAGCCAUCUCUUCAUGGAAGAUCAAUUUUCUGAGCAAUCCCGUCAUCAAGGAUAGCUUGCCACCGAGGGAUGAAAUGAAUGUUUACUUCCACUCUCGUAGAAAGGCAUUGUUGGAGGAUGUUUACUUCCACCACUCUCGCAGAAAGGCAUUGUUGGAGGCAUUUCAUGGCUAGUUCAAGGUUUAGAUCUUUUUUUCCUUUUCUACUAUCAGUAUUUCACAAUGUGAAUGUUGUACAAGUGUACACAAUAGAUUCUAAUCACACAGCACCAUUUGUUGCACAAUUGAUAC